ACCGCCGGUGGGGGGCUGCGGGAAGGCGCACCCUGCGGUGGGAGAGCCCCCAGCCCCGCGGGUGAGGGGCUGCAGGAGUUCCCCAGGACCCUCGAGCCAUGGAGGUCCCUGCAGAGCUGGCUGGUGGGAGUGUGUCCUUGGCUGCAGCUCUUCCCAGCAUGUCACAGCCAGCAGCAGUACAGAUCACUGUCCUGAAGGCGCAGGACCUGAAAACUCUCAAAAGCGACGUGCUGGUUACACUGGUGCGUGUGGAGUACAACGGAGCAGUCCUGGGAGACUCCCCCAAGGCUGAUGUCUUGCCAGACGGGACAGCAAUCUACAGUUUCACCACAAGCUUUGAGUGCAGCCGUGACGGGCCCAACUCCUUGGAUGUCAUUGCACAGAAACCGCUGCUCUUGACAGUGGUAGAAGUGGGGCAAAAAGAGAAGAAAAAACAGGAGAAGACCACGCCUCUUGGCCAAGCUGUGGUGGACCUUCUACCUCUGCUGCAAGGAGAGUGUUCACUGAAGGUCUCAGCUCCUUUGUAUGCAGUGCCUGCCUCCCCAUCAGAGAGCCCUCGCCUGGAGGCCAUGGGUGGCCUUGAAGUGACAGUGUGCACCAAAGAGCCCCUGCUCUCUGCCACAGAGUUCUCAAGUGGGAGCCUCCUGAGUGUCACGCUGGAGGCAGCUUAUUCUGUUCCUGAGGCAUUUGCCGCUGAAUCCCAGCAAAAUUACAUGGCUUGCUUGCAAGUACCAGCAGCUGGUGAGAAGGAACUCCCCUUGCUCUUCAGGAAUGGCAUCGUGAAGGCUGAUGGUGAAAAAGAACCAUUGCCCCGGCCCAAAAACUGGCCCCUUGGUAACAUCCUGGCCCCUGGGGCCCUGAGCAUACCCAACUCCUUCAUUGUUGGAGGGCCCUAUGAGGAUGAGGAUGGAGAGCUCACCAAAAGCGAGGACAGGGAAUUCAGGACCCAAGCAGAAAGCACAAGGAGAAUCGUCUGGGACGUGGAAAGGCGCUGUUACCUGGAUGCUGCUGCAGUAGCUGUGCUGCAGAAGCGCAUCGCGGAGUGUCGGUUCUGGCCUGUGGAGCUCUGCAGGGUGUCCUCGGCCCCACCCAGCAAGGGCAAAGCCAGCAAAGCUGACAAGGGAGAUGAAGCACAGAUUUCCUUCCAUGGUGUGGCAUAUGUCAACAUGCUGCCUUUGCUGUGCCCUGGUGUGAAGGAGAUGCGAGGAGCUUUCCGUGUCUUUAGCUACCAAGACACUGAGGUGUUGGAGAAGACCAAAAGUCAGCACAGCAUUUUCUGGGAACUCAGGCCGCAUCUCAGUCUGAUCAAGGAAGGGCUGGGGACCCCUCCCCUUUCCAGACCUCUUCCCAGUAAGACUCAGAAGGAAGACAAAGAUUCCAACAGAACGCUACAAAGCCCAUCCAAAAUCCAGUUGUCAGAUGGCACUGGAGGACCUGAAAAUACCAGAACUUGCAGCAUUGAGGGACAGCAAUACAGCGAGGCAGGAACAUUCCUGGUGUUGGAGAUAAAGCUGGACAAGGCCUUGGUCCCCAAGCGGCUGCGAGAGGAGCUCACCCGCCGGGUCAAGGAGAUGAUUCCUUCUCGCCCUGCACUGCCUGCCCGGACUGAAGGAGCCAAGAAGGUGGUGGAAGAUUAUCACAAACGUGUAACGAGCGUUGCCAACGCCAUCCUGAGCGAAUACCACGAGCUCUUUGGGAAGCAGCUGCCUGGCCAGGGAGCAAUAGACCACCAAACCCUGGAGGAACAGAAGCGUCAGCUCAACUAUGAGCUCAACACCUCUGGGAAAUAUUUUGCUUUUAAGGAACAGCUGAAGUAUCCUGUGGUGAAGAUUGUGAGGGAGAAAUACCUGAAGACCACAGCAUUUGAGACCCAGGAGCAGCUGCAGGCAUUCCUCAGUGAGCUCUAUGUGUACCUCAUGGAACAGAUGCAUGUUGCCUUGAACCAGCUCCUCUCUGAGGAAGGUGCUUCUCUUGCCCCUCCAUCCCGCACCACCCAGGAGCAGCUCUGGCUCUUUGCUUCGGAAGCUGAAGCCAGCAAGGACUACAAACUGGCCUCUCUGUACCACCAGCAGAGGAUAGCUCAGGACCAGCGCAACAUCCAGUCCUGGCUGGACUAUGGAGCCUUCUGCCUCCUGCACGAGGACACCACCAAAGCCCAGGAAUGCUUCCAGCAGGCUCUUUCUGUGGACCUCCAGCACAUCCAAAGCUUGCUGCUCUGUGGGAUUGGGGCUGUCAUGCUGCAGCACUAUGAAGAUGCAGAGGUUUUCUUUGAGGAUGCCUGCUGCUUGGAGCCAUCCAGCACCGUAGCCUGGACCCUUUCAGGUUUGUUUUAUGAGCUGCAGAAUAAUAAUGUUCAGGCAGAAAGGAACUUCCGUGAGGCCAAGAAGCUCCUGCAAGCACAGCUCAGCGAGGAGAGAAGAAUGCCCGAGGCUGCUGAGGGAGGAGAAGGGAAAAAGGGCAUUUCUCCCAGCACAGACCCAGAGCAAUUCUUGCCAGAGGGGGUUCCAGAUGGCUUAGCUGACAAACUUUCAGAGGUGGUGGAGCCUGCCCUGGCCUGUGUGACAUCUGAGGAAGAGGCUACAGCAUCAGAGACAGCCCCAGAAGCACCAUCCCCUGGUUCAGGACCUCACCAACCUCCCUGCACAAUCUUCAUGAAGGCAGUGGAAUUCCUGAUGAAAGCCAAUGCUGUCCAGUUUGUUCACAAGGCACUGGCCCACGAGCUGCUGAGCCCCCAGGGAGGCCCCAGCUGUGGGUAUUACCUGGCACUGGCCCGGACAUACCUGCUGCAGGAGGAUCUGCCCAGGUGUGAGGAGUGUCUGCACGAGGCCGUUCGCAUUGACUGCACGAACCCAAACGUCUGGGCCCAGAAAGGACACCUGUGCUACCUGAAGGGGGACUGUGGCCAGGCAAAGGAGUGCUACGAGCGAGUGGUCAGUUUUGUGGAGGAUGCUGUGGAUAUGCACUUCGUCUACCUGCGCCUGGGCUCCAUCUACCUGGAAGAGAAGGAGUAUGGCCGGGCCAAGCAGAUCUACCUGCUCGCCUGUGACAACUCUGCGUCCUGUCUCACGUGGCUGGGGGUGGGGAUCGCCUGCUACAGGCUGGGAGAGCUGCUGGAAGCAGAAGAUGCUCUCUCUGAAGCCAAUGCCCUCAAUAACACCAACGCUGAAGUGUGGGGAUAUCUCGCCCUCAUCUGUCUGCGGGGCGGGCGGGAGCUGGAGGCAGAGCAGUGCUACAAAUACACCGUCAAGCUGGGCCUGCGGAACGACGAGCUGCUGAGGGAGAUCCGCGCCGCCCAGCGCCGCUUCGGCUUCGGCGACCCGGCCUUCUGAGCCCCCGGUCACAUAAAGUCCCCACGCACCGAGCUCUCAGCCCG